AUGUCAGCGACUCCCGUGCCUGAAAAGGCUCCAGACGACUCCUCAAAACUGAAAACCUUCCUUUCCAUCCUUCGAAAGUUCGUGGGUGUGGCGGAUAUUGCUUCCGUUCGAUUUUCACUGCCGGCGCAACUGUUGGAGCCUCGACCGAACCUGGAAUACUGGCAUUACCUUGAUCGACCGGAGACCUUUGCGAGCAUCGGCAAAUCGGAUGAUGAGCUAGGUCGGAUGUUGGAGGUGUUGCGGUUUUGGUUUACCAAGGAUUUGAAAUACAUCAAAGGGAAACCCUGCAAACCAUACAACUCAACACUGGGUGAAUUCUUCAGAUGCAGCUGGGACGUCAACGAUAACAUUCCCGAAGAAGCGAACCUCCCGGGCAUCAAAGCAACCAACGGAUCCUCCACCGUAACCGACGGCAAUGAGAAAGUCAAAGUGUGCUAUCUCACCGAACAGACCUCCCACCACCCCCCAGUCUCGGCCUUCUACAUUGACUGCCCCGAACGAGGCGUCUCAGCGCGUGGGUUCGAUCAGAUCAGCGCCAAGUUCACCGGCACCAGCAUCCGUGUGAGCCCCGGCCAGCAUAACCUCGGAAUCUUCGUCAACAUCGAGAAGAGAGACAAUGAAGAAUACCAGUUGACUCACCCAGACGCGCACCUGGGAGGGAUAUUGCGCGGGGCGCUGUCAGUCACAGUCGCCGACACAUGCUACGUCACCUGCCCGAAGACAGGCCUAAAGGCGAUUCUGCAGUAUAUGGAGGAAGGCUGGAUCGGCCGGACACAGAACAAGCUCGAGGGCGUGAUCUUCCGCUAUAACCCGGACAAGGACAAGAUCACUCGACUGAAGGAUGUGCCAGAGGCUGACAUCGUUGCUCGCAUCUCCGGCUCCUGGCAUGGCAAGAUUUAUUUCACUCCGACUGGAUCCAAGGAACCGCGUCUUCUCAUCGAUAUCACCCCGCUCCACCCCGUCACAAAGGAUCUGCCGCCAGAUGAAGAACAGCUUUCCAAUGAAUCAUUGAAGUUCUGGUCGGAUGUCACGACUGCCAUCGUCGAUAAGCAGUUCAGCCAGGCCACCAAGCUCAAGCAGGAUAUUGAGGAACGGCAACGGCAGCGGGCUGCGGAGCGCAAAGAAAAGGGCGUUGAGUGGAAUCCGCGCUUCUUCACUGGGGCUGUCACGCCGCUGGGUAAGCCGGAGCUUACGGAGGAGGGACAGAGGGUUCUACAGGGCAUUCGCUCGGGCGAGUUUGCGUUGACUGAGAGUACAGUGCAGGGCGCGUAG